GCGGGUCUGUGGAGCUGACGUGACCGAGGGACAGAGCCCGAGUGUUGUUUUGAAUUCAGCACAAGACACCGACAGGAGGAGGUGGGGGGUACGGUCUGUGGAUAAGAUGGCGGAUGUAGAAGGCGAUGAAACUCGGUCGGCUCAGCCUUCGGCAUCCCGCAACGGUCCGGCCGCCGAUUCCUCGGCGGCGACGGCGGCGGCGGGCACCGCGGGCCAGACCGCCACCACGGUAACGUCGGGUCCGCGCUCGGUGCGGAUCGUCAAGUCGGAGUCCGGGUACGGGUUCAACGUUCGCGGUCAAGUCAGCGAAGGAGGGCAGCUCCGGAGCAUCAACGGGGAACUGUACGCUCCUCUGCAGCAUGUCAGCGCCGUCCUGCCCGGAGGAGCGGCGGACCGAGCCGGGAUAGCUAAGGGUGACCGGAUCCUGGAAGUUAAUGGGGUGAGCGUGGAAGGGGCCACCCACAAGCAGGUCGUGGACCUGAUCCGUGCAGGGGAGAAGGAGCUGGUUCUGGCUGUGCUCUCCUUUCCCCCUCAGGAGGGCGAUGGGUUGGAAGGAGGAGAGGAAGUCCAACUAAACUACGACUACAGCGACAAGCAGGCUGUGCCCAUUUCCGUUCCCACGUACAAACAUGUGGAGCAGCACUCGGAGAGGUUUGUGGUGUACAAUGUGUACAUGUCAGGUAGGCAGCUGUGCUCAAAGCGCUACCGGGAGUUCGCCAUCCUGAACCAGAACCUAAAGAGAGAGUAUUCCAACUUCAACUUCCCAAAGAUUCCAGGGAAAUGGCCCUUCUCCCUUUCUGAACAGCAGCUGGAUGCUCGGCGUAGAGGCCUGGAGGAAUAUCUCGAGCGAGUUUGCUCUGUGCGGGUGAUCGGGGAGAGUGACAUCAUGCAGGAGUUUCUCUCGGAAUCAGACGAGAACUACAAUGGAGUGACAGAUGUAGAGCUGCGGAUAGCCCUGCCAGACAAGACCACCAUCUCCGUCAGAGUCCGCAAGAACAGCACCACGGACCAGGUGUACCAGGCGUUAGUGUUGAAGGUCGGAAUGGACAGUAUUAUGGCGAGCUACUUCGCCCUUUUUGAGGUCAUCAACCAUUCCUUUGUACGGAAGCUGGCGCCCAACGAGUUUCCCCACAAGCUUUACGUGCAGAACUACACGUCGGCGGUGCCGGGGACUUGCUUGGCGCUCCGCAAGUGGUUGUUCAGCUUCCAGGAGGAGGAGUUACUGAGAGACAAUCCGCUGGCACUGCACUACUGCUUUCACCAGGCAUUGGAUGAUGUGAAGAAGGGAUUCAUAAAAACAGAGGACAAAUCCUACCAGCUGCAGAAACUGGCAGAGCAGCGCAAGAUGGCCACGUACCUGAGCCUGUUGCGGACGUGUGAGGGCUACAACGAGGUGGCGUUCCCACACUGCUCCUGCGACUCCAGGAGGAAAGGACAUGUCAUCACAGCCAUCAGCAUCCAUCACUUCAAGCUGCACGCCUGCACGGAGGAUGGCACGCUGGAGAACCAGGUGAUAGCGUUUGAGUGGGGGGAGAUGCAGCGCUGGGACACUGACGAGGAGGGGAUGGCUUUCUGCUUCGAGUACGCCAGAGGGGAGAAGAAACCUCGCUGGGUCAAGAUCUUCACUCCAUAUUUUAACUACAUGCACGAGUGCUUUGAGCGGGUCUUUUGUGAGCUGAAGUGGAGGAAACAGGUUGAGGAAGAGGCAUCUGACAAAGACAACAAAAACUGCAGUAACACUGAGAUUCUGCCUCCUCUGGAGACGCAGCAAAAGGGAUGGCGCCACCUAGGGGGGGAGAUUGCAACUUCCUAAAACCAUCGUUCACCACACAAACUAGAACUGGUCCACUUGCAUCAUUACAGCCACCCCUGAGAGCGCCCAUCAACAAACACAGGACUGAGUGACGGACUGGGAGGGCGAUCCAUGCCUCCCCGAAAUCUGGAAGUGACGAAUGUGGGAAAUUGGAACAGUCACACGUAACCGAACCCAGGGAUACACACAGCAAGAAGAGCAAUGGAAGUUAACACAAGUCAGCUUUCAUGUCAUUUACUAGAUCUCCAUAGUGUGUUUGUUGUUUUCCUCCAUACCAUCUCCCUGAGAUGUGGCAGGACACGAGCAAAAUUCUCGCCUGCGGUUGAGAUCUAACACAUAUGUACAGUGUGUGUGUGACUGGUCAGCGUCAACCGCAGCGUUUGCUCAAAGCAAUGGGGGGGGGG